GAAAUGGUGGAGGAACCAGAAAUAUGCGAGGAUAUACUCGAUGACUUGACCACGGGAGUGGAGACAGAGGAUGACACACGACAUUUUAAACACGUGAUGGCUACCGUUCUUGAUGAGUUAAAGUCGAAAAUACCCGUUCUUCAAGAACAAGAGACGACCUCGUUAAAGAAAGAUGCUUCAAUGAAAGACACAAACGCUGAUAUAAAGAAGACAGAUAAUACUUCUAGUGUCGUCACUCGUAGAACAUUUUUCCAGAACAUGAAGAAAAGGCUCCGCAAGAUGUUCUUCAGUUGUUGUAUGAAGCAAGGAGAAGACUGUGAUACUUGUUAAAUAUCUGUUCCUGUCUUUCGAAUUUGAACGUUUUGUAAUUU